AUGAUUGACUGCAGCCCCAUCGAAAUUAGUGCAAUUAAAGAAGUCUUUGGCAAUAGUGUUAAUAUCUUGUUAUAUCAUUGGCAUAUUAAAAGAGCAUGGGAAGUUAAUAUAAAGAAGCAUAUUAAAGUGCAAAACUCAACACAUGCUUCGAACAUAGCUUGUAACAGUGUUUGUGCUGUAUUGAGUAAUAUGAUGCAUGCAACAACUUCUGUUGCCUAUGAUACAUUGUAUAAUGAAUUUCUUAUGAAAUUUGGGGAAUACGAGAACUUUAUUUUGUACUUUAACAGAAUGUGGGUUGCAACCUUUCAUACCAAUAAUUUGAUAGAGUCUUAUUACAAUCAGCUGAAGACUUUCUAUCUUGAACGUGUAAGAUCUCUUCGAGUAGAUAGACUUAUUUAUCUUCUAGCCAAAGUCUUGACUCUUGACUACAGACAAGAGAGUGUCAAGACGUUAUAUGGAUUCCAAUCAAAUGGUUUUCUGCAAAACUGCACUUGCCCUGAUACUUCCAAGCUUUGCAAGCGUAUCUUUCUCAUCAAUCGUAUGCUAGACAUUCCCUACUCUUUGCGCCAAAGUCUUUCCUCCUCCUCCUCUGCUGUCUAUAUAUCUAAUACUGAUACUAAAGUAGUAGUUGACACUUCCCUUCUUUCUGACGAGAUAGAAGCUGAUAUCAUGAAGUAUUUUCAAUUAUACUCUGUUGAACUUGACACCAAGAUAGCCGAGUAUAAGAGAAUCCCAGAAGAUAUGAGCCAGUUCUUAGAUACAUUGAAGUUUGCAUACAACAAGCUGAAAGAACAUGGCUUCCUCUCUCAAUCCCGUACACCUUGA